AGCCACUAGGGCCAUCUGCCCCUUAUUCGCAGUUGUCCACAGUACGCCGGCGAACGAACAGAUCUCUUUUAUUCUCGAAAUGGCCAAGUGGAGUACAGUGGUUCGUGUGGUGUGCCUUCUGGCCAUGUUCGCGCGCAUCAGCCUGCAGGCAGCGAUCACUAGUGACACUCCAGAUGAAGAUUUUUACACCGCUGGAGUGGUGGAGUUUUAUUAUAACAUCGAUAGUGACAUGAACCAAGCGUGGAGUGAAAAUUUGUUAGGUUUCCUGGAAAUAAUCGGCUCGGAGAAUGCCAGCGCCACGGACAUUAUUGUAUUUCCAGAGGCAACCCUUAACAGUCAGCAAACAGCCACGUUUGUUCCGGAACCCAAGCUGCUGAUUGUGCCCUGCCUAGAUGAUCCCAAUGCCACUUAUUACCACGAGUUGCUUGUGCGAAUUUCCUGUGCUGCUCGCGAAUUUUCCAAAUAUGUGGUCAUAAAUGUGAAUGAAAAGCAAGUGUGUUCCGAAAACGCUCAGAAUGAUCCACGUCCCUGCGCCCCCAAUGACCUGAACAUAUACAACACGAACGUGGUGUUUGAUCGCAACGGCACUGUCAUGUCCCGCUACCGCAAAGUCCACCUGUACGGGGAGCCACGCAAUACGACAUAUGAGCAGGAACGCGUCUUCUUUGAGACGGACUUUGGUGUUACCUUUGGUCACUUCAUAUGCUUCGACAUACUGUUCUACACGCCGGCACACGAGCUUAUCGUAGAGGCCGACAUCAGGGAUUUUGUUUUUCCUUCUAUGUGGUUCUCACAGCUCCCCUUUCUAACAGCCGUGCAGUUCCAGCAUGCUUGGGCCUAUGCUAACAAUGUUAACCUACUGGCCGCCGGAGCCAGUCGACCAGAGGUGGGCAGCAGUGGCACGGGCAUCUAUCAUGGCCGGGAGGGCACAUUGGUUAGUGUGCUCAACAUGCAGGAGGGUGAACAGCGCAUUUACGUGGCACGUGUGCCUAAGUUCAAGGGAAGGAUGACCGGGUCUCGUAGACGUACUAUAAGCGCUGCUUUGCCACGUAAGAUAAGUCAGGCGCAGAGCUUCGAGGAAUCUUAUAUUAAGCUUAAGCGUGACAGUUUGGAAAAUUAUGAGAACGAGCCGCUCGAGCUGGUUGCCACGGAGGCAGGUAAUCUAACGCGACAGCUCUGCCAUGGUAACUUUUGCUGCGACUUUGACAUCGCCUGGCGGCCAGUCAUGGAGCAGGAGGCCACGGAGGACUUGUAUAGCUAUCGCUUGGGCGUGUAUGAUGGUGAGCGCAAUGAACAGGAUGUGGACAAUAAUUAUUUACGCAACUGCGCGAUCUUUACCUGCACUGGACCUAGCAUUGAGCAGUGCGGCAUGAUGUUCGAGUCCAAGGGGCAGUCAAAUGUGAUCUUCACUCGCAUUGUCAUAGAGGCGGCGUUUCCGAAGUCACGCGAAUUCCUUCUGCUACCCGACAGCCUGCGCGAAGAUCUUCUGCCCCUGGAACCGUCCCAGUUCGAUUGGUCCACAACGGAGGUGGGCUAUUAUCAAUUCACACGCUACUCUCUGCAUGAGGGCGUCGAGGUCCCCAAUUUGCUGACCUUUGCCAUUUAUGGCAACUACUACGAUGACCAGUGCACCUUCAGCGGGCAGUUGAAUGCCGAAUGUGGCUAUAUUGCACAGGAAGAUGAGCCGGGAGGCGCGUCGUCCUUGACUUUGCAACUAGGUGGCUACUGGGUUGUGUUGGGGGCAGCCUUGGUCGUGGCCAGGAGCUGUUUCGCAUUUGUGUAAUGUUAGCGUAUAACAAUAAACAAAAGCCUCAUCAAUGUUA